AUGAUGGUGUCUCCACAGAGCUAUCAACCCCUCGAUCUGAAUGAUGGGCUGGAACAGGAUCGGGAGAAAUCCACGUCGCUGCUUCUGGCAAAAUUACCCUCCGAGCUCAUCCACGUCAUAUUAUCCCACCUCUCGGCCCCGGAUCUGGCGUGCAUCGGAGCGACCUGUCGAGCACUUGCUGCGCAUACCUCAAAUGAUCUGCUCUGGGCCAACCUCAUCAACACACGACUGCCUAAUCGUAUUGAAACCCCGGGCAUUUUCGGCUCCUUUCGACGUCUUUUCCUGGCAUUUUACCCGUGCUGGUUUAUCCCCGAGCAUAAAAUCUGGUUUGCCGAUGAUGAGCCCAAAGGAAGCCUGAUCCUCACUCGCUACGAUAAUCGGCGGGGCGUGAUCGAGGGGUACGAGAUCGUCGCAGAGCGUGGAUCCUCGCAGUUUCAUUUCUGGAAGACCGAGCCGACUGUACUAGUCCAGGCUUUCAACCCAACCGUGCACUUGUCGCUCGACGCGCCGGCCUUAUUUCUCAAAGAUCCGAACCCGUCCAGCGAGUCUGCCCCAAUACAGCUUCUAUCUCGGACGAAUGAUUGGAAACGGCCUCUGAUCUAUGAGGCAAAUCGGAUCUACAAACCCCUUUCAUUUUGCACCACAAAGGAUAAGCAGGUGUCAUCUACAGACCCGGAACACUACUGGCCUCCUCCACUCGUCCCAAGCAAGAACCGCACACCCCGGUCAGUGAAAGGCAGCCAGUCACAGUCCGUCGGACAAAUAUCGGACUUGUCAGAGAAAUCCUUUCGCUUCGACAGAUGGCAGAACUAUCGAGGUUUGUUUGCGGGAAUGAGCGACAUGUUGAUUCAGACGUAUUCAACGCUCGAUCCAAAGUGUUACGUGCCUACCAGGGAGAAGCCGUACCAGGGUAUUUGGGUUGGAGACUACUCGACUCACGGAUGUGAGUUCUUAUUGGUCUUGCAAAAUCAUGCGCAAGAUGAUAUUCAGAGACAACAAUCUGAAAUCCAAACCAACAGCCAUGGUGGUACUACCGAAGCGAACAGCGAGUCAAUGGGACAGCAAGGCCAGUUGAAAGGCAUCAAAUUGACAGGAGACAUGAAUGUCCCCCGAGGCCAAUACUCGUGGGUCGCCGACGAUAUUGGGCCUGCAGGUCUGGUCGGUGUUGCGGAAGACGAGCCGUUUAUAGGUGCGCGCAUCGUCCGUUGCAAGGGCCAUGUCGCUGGAAUAGGGUUUCAAGAUGACAUAUUCAUUGAUUCCCAAUUAAUCCUCGUUUCCACUGACCUCAUGGCACACUACUGGAAGGAGAUGGGUCACAUUUCAUACUUCCGGCGCGUGGACAUCGACGCUCUCCUACACACUUGA